GUGAAGUCAACGAUGCCUCAUAAGUCUCAUAUGAGUAGGGCUUUUUCGUCUGAUCAAACCAUUUCCCAUUUACAUCUAUUAAAUCGUGAUUCGAGAUGUCUUCCGCAGCACUUGUUUUCCGCACUGCGCGAGUGUAUUCCAAGAUGAGCUACAAGGUAAGUAAAUCGCAAAGCAGCUGAACUAGUCUUAACGUUCUUUAGCAAUCCAACCUGUUAGCUCGUGGCUUUGCCUCAACUACCCGACGUCAUGAAAUUAACAAAGUUGUUCCGUCAGCGGCAGAAGCCCUGCAGGACAUGAAGCCAAACUCUACUUUAUUGUGUGGCGGCUUCGGACUUUGCGGGGUACCAGAUACACUCAUCGAUGAAGUUCUGAAAAAGAAAGAAAUCACAGGAAUCACGGCCGUCUCAAAUAAUGCUGGCACUGAGUUGGUGCUUCCGAUUCCCCUCUCUUGUGUUGGCAGGGACUAACGAACUUAGUGAGUCCGGAUUGGGAAAGCUCCUCAAGACAAAACAAGUCAAGAAAAUGAUUGCGAGUUAUAUCGGAGAGAACAAGACUUUUGAGAAGAUGUAUCUCACAGGUGAAAUUGAAUUGGAGUUGACUCCUCAAGGAACCCUCGCGGAACGAUGUGCGUCGGGGGGGAAAGGAAUACCUGCAUUUUACACGCCUGCAGCCUUUGGAACGGUCGUCCAGACUGGAGAGCUCCCUUUAAAGAAUAACGCAGACGGAACUCCAAAAAGCUACUCAUAUCCCAAAGAUGUCAAAGUACUCGACGGCAAACCAUACCUAUUGGAAGAAAGUAUCAAGGGCGACUACGCCUUCGUCAAAGCUUGGAAAGCAGACAAGCUGGGAAAUUGUCAAUUUCGUCUUACUGCAAACAACUUCAACGGCGCCAUGGGUCGCAAUGCCAAAAUGACGAUUGUAGAGGCUGAAGAAAUUGUGGAACCUGGUGGGAUUGCACCCGAAGCAGUUCACCUCCCAGGUAUUUACGUCAAGCGUGUUAUUCAGUCAACAACACCCAAAGACAUCGAGAAAUUCAUAUUCGCAAAAGAUCCCAAUGAUUCAGCGGCAAAGGCAGCCUUGGGAAGUGGAGAGACGGCCGCAAAGCGAGAACGAAUUGUCAAGAGGGCCGCUAAGGAGUUCAAGAACGGCAUGUAUGCUAACCUUGGGAUCGGUAUGCCUAUGUUAGCUCCUUCAUUCGUGGGACCAGAGGUAGAGGUCCAGCUACAAUCUGAAAAUGGAAUUCUUGGUCUAGGUCCGCAUCCAAUCAAGGGGAAAGAAGACGCUGAUCUCAUCAAUGCUGGUAAGGAGACCGUCACUUUGAACCCAGGCGCGGCCGUCUUUGGGAGCGAGGAGAGCUUUGGUAUGAUCAGAAGUGGACGUAUCGACCUCACCAUUCUUGGUGCCAUGCAGGUUAGUGCGAAUGGCGAUUUAGCAAAUUGGAUGUUACCCGGUAAGAUCAAGGGGUUUGGAGGUGCUAUGGAUCUUGUUAGCAACCCUAGCAAAACCAAGGUUGUUGUAACUAUGGAACAUACCGAUAAAAAAGGCAAUGCAAAGAUCAUGAAGCAGUGCGCUUUCCCACUAACGGGAAAGGCUUGUGUGUCCAUGAUCAUCACUGAACUAGUAAGUUCCAUCACUAGCCGCGGGUUGAGCCUAACGCUAAUGUUGAUUCAGGGUGUAUUCGAAGUGGACUUUGCUACCGGGCUGACACUUGCCGAAAUCGCCGACGGCGUGACAGUGGAUGAGAUCAAGAGUAAGACAGAAGCACCCUUUAGGGUGGCUGACAAUCUCAAACCUAUGCUGUAAAUACAGUAGGUAUUUAUCUCUGUGUCGCGUGAUAUUACAUAAUCCACCUAAAGUUCAGGAACCGUUCGUCUGAUGCGUUUACCCCAGUGGGUGGACUGAACUGGAACUCAAGGAGCAUUACUUUAUUUGUAUUCUAAUAAGCCAGCAGCAUGUGUCCUUCUGGACUGGGCAUAGGUAGCUUAGUAGAGCGAAUAAUAUGACUUUAUAC